GGCCUGUGCAAAAUAAAGAAAUAAAUAAAGCCACGCCUAAGAGUUAAGAAACGAGGAAGAGGAGGAGUGGGAAGGGAAACUCCCUCUCGGAGCCUCUCCGAUCGGACGAUAAGGUCCUUCCAGAAGAUGCCGGAAGUGGAUUUUGUUGCCUCGGCCUUUUUCUUUUACUCUCGCGAGAUCAGUUUCCGUUUCCGAUCAGCUGAUUCAAAAUUGUGUAGUCUCCCGGUAGUAGAAUGGUCGGGGGCUGGUCAGUGAUCUCGUAAUUGUCUCUGCCCCUCCCCUCUUCCCCCCUCCACGCCACGAAGUUCCUCCCUACUCUCCCGAAUGCGAUGGAAGACGACUUUGUGCUGGCCCUGAAGUUGCAGAAGGAAUGGAAUACGGACGGCCCGGCGUUCGUUCCGCCCCCGAAGGAAGACGACUUUGUGCUGGCCCUGAAGUUGCAGGAAGAAUGGAAUACGGAGGUCCCGGCGUUCGUUCCGUCCCUGAAGGAACCCAAGUCGUUGGUGGACGAGGCCUGGGAGCUCGUGGACCCCAACCCCGAUCCCCGAGCCUUGUUCUUGCAGUUCAAUGAGCUGUAUUUCUGGGGGCGGCUGGAGGCUGUGGAGGUGAAGUGGAGCUUUCGCAUGACGCUAUGUGCUGGAGUUUGCAAGUAUGAGGGGAAAGGAGGAAUGUGUACCAUCUGCCUCAGUGAACCCCUUUUAAAACUGAGACCUAGAAAAGAUCUUAUAGAGACACUAUUACAUGAAAUGAUACAUGCAUAUUUAUUUGUCACUAAUAAUGAUAAAGAUCGGGAAGGUCAUGGCCCAGAGUUUUGUAAACAUAUGCAUCGCAUCAAUCGCCUGACUGGAGCCAAUGUAACAAUAUACCACAGCUUCCACGAUGAAGUGGACGUAUAUCGUCAACAUUGGUGGCGUUGCAAUGGGCCCUGCCAAAACAGAAAACCCUACUAUGGUUAUGUGAAACGGUCAAUGAACAGAGCACCCUCACCUAAAGACUUCUGGUGGGCUGAGCAUCAGAGAACUUGUGGAGGCACGUACAUAAAGGUCAAAGAACCAGAUGGCUAUUCAAAAACAGGCAAGACGAAGACAGAUCUAGAAAAGCGACCAAACUUGGCGACGGAAAGCAAAAAUAAAGGUAAACCAAAGCAAGGGAGGAGCCAGCUAUUGAGCCCUUUCAGUGGAAAAGGUUAUCUCUUGGGAGGAACAAGCAAUGUAUCAUCACUUGGGAAACUCAUCAAUCCACCUGCCAUUAAUAAAACUCAAGAACUGUUUAAUCAAAACUGUCCAUUGAUUGCCACAAGACCUAAUCAUAAAAAUGAGUUGAAAUCAAAUUCAUCUCGAGGAAUUAUCAGCUCUGAAGAUAAAUCCCCAACUAAGAGACCCAAAAUUGAAAACAAAACUGCUUUUGCCAAUUUUUUUAUCAAGAAAGAGCAAACAAAUAGCAUGUGUACAAGUAGAAAUGACUCAAAAUGCAGUUCAUUCCCUGUCACCUCAUCUCAGAAUUCCAGUCACAAAAAAGCAGUGAGCUGCCCUGUUUGCCAGACUCAAGUUUUGGAGACACAAAUUAAUGAACACUUGGAUUCCUGCCUUAUGUAAGAAGCCAAAGAAUUGGAAAUGUCUUUGGGAAACUAAUGUGUCUUAAGAUAGCAAAAGAUCAGUUCAUAAGUGUAUCAUGCCAAUUAAUCAGGAAGUUAAAGUGUUGUGAAUAAUAAAGAAGUAUAUAUAUGUAAAGAUUAUAAAAUUGAGAUGGCUCUUUCUCUGAGCUCCAAAGAAGAUUCUGUAUUUUUUCUAUCAGAAUUUGGACAAAUUCUAACUGUAUAUAGAUGUCCAGAAGUCUUCAUGUAACUUUGAACAGCGUAUACAGUGGUGCUAAAUUUAUAUGUUCAUGUGACAUAGUUCACAAUUUGUUGAUUGAAUUUUAUUAUUUAGUUUGCAGUUAUUAACACAUGAAUAAAAAGGAUUUUAAAAUAUGUUUAAGAUAACUUGUUUUUCAGACAUGUAAAUCUGUUGUCUGUAUGUUUUUAAUCAAAUGAUACCAUUUUAAAAUUGAAAUAGAUACAUACAUAGACACACACACACAAAUGUUGAAAUCCUUUCAAUGGAAAAUGUAUCUUCUAGAAAGAACAAGCAGUGCAUCCUCACUUGAGAAACUCAUCAAUCCACAUAUCAUUAAUAAAGCUCAAGAACUCAAGAACUGUUUACUCAAAACUGUUAACUAGUUGCCAUAAGAUUUGAUCAUAAAACUGAGUUGAAAUCAAAUUCGUCCCAGGAAUUUAACAGCUCUGAAAAUAAAUUACCAAAUAAGAGACCUAAAGCCAAGCUAUAAUAUUGAGAUGCUGUCUAAAAAGUUGAGAAUGGUUUUUAGAGUUGCAAAUGAACAUAUCUAUAAUUAACCUUCACAUAUUAAAAAAAAAAUUGUAUCUUAAAAGGUUUUUUUUAAACAUUGCAAUUCUUCAUUAGUAUUUUGUGAAGACAGAGCAAAGUGACUAGAUUUCAGGCUUAAUUGAGGUCCAGAGAUAGUAAACUGAUUUAAUUGCAGUUGCCUGCAUAUUGCUGACUGAUGUUUAAAAACUCUGUGCUAAUUACUAAAUUUAGUUAAGCUAAGGAUUUUAGCUCUCAUAUGCAUAAGGAAAGAGCUGCUUUGUUGAUACCCACAGUAGAAAAUAAAAGACAAUAUAUCAUAAUCUUUAAGAUAGAAUUUUUUGAGGUACAUUGUACAGUUCUGUCAAUUUGUUUUAAGAAAAAUUUUCUAAGUUGUAAUGAUGAGACUAAUAAUUUUCUAAUAAAGUUUACUUGAGAACAGA